AUGUCCCUCGCUUGGCGAGUUUUGGGAGAGAGCGGCCUGCGCUUGCGGCCGAACUUGCUCUGCCCGGCGUUGGUGGAGGAGGUCCUUUCUGGCGUGCGAAGCUCGCAGUACUUCGGUAAGAAUCGAGGCUCCCACGACUUCUAUCGCAACACGCUUGGGUUCAGCCUGGCUUUCCGCAGCUCGCAUCGCCCGCAAGUGGAGGCUCACCUGCCUUUCCUGCGGCCUCUGCUGGACGUCAUGCUGCAGCCAGAAUGCAACUGUUUCUUCCUGACGCUCUUGGGAGCUCGACCAGACGGUCAGAGAUACCAUACCGAUAAUUAUUUUGAAAAUUAUUGCAGCGGCCCGCGCCCAAGCGACCUGGUCUCCGUGGCCUACUUGGAAGCUGACGAGGCUAUGGUUGGUGGCGAGCUCGUGGUUCUCAAGGUCUCGGCUGACGAGACCGGCCCGGUUCGUCACGGAAGUGAAGCAGCGGGACAGGUACUGCGUGUGGUCCGGCCAAGCCCGGGCCUUGUCGUGGACUUCGACGGUCGGCUCUUGCACGCCGUCCGUGCCUUUCGAGGUGCCAACCGUGUAAGUGCUGUGCUGGAGCAAUGCCGCCUCCCUCGCCAAAUCGUCAGGAAGACACCGCGCUUUAGCAUUUUCUGCCAGAAGAGCAAUGAAGAGCUGAUCUUGGCGUAG